AGAGAGAGAAAAAAAACAAACCCCGCCAGCCUCGGAGCCGCUUCGGAUCUGGGAAAGAGAAGUGAGGUUGGAGAAAGUACAGCGAUGCCAAGGCGGAAACAGCAGGCACCCAAAAGGGCGGCAGGUUAUGUCCAAGAGGAUGAUUUGAAGGAUGAGGAAGACAUAAAAGAGGAGGAAGAGGAUGAUGAUGAGAGCAAUUCAACGGCUCAUCUUCAGGGCAGCAAUGACCCAGGAACAGAUGAAGAACAUGAAACUGGUCCUGAUCCAAGAGGAAGCUUAAGCUACCAGAAUUCCCCAGGGAGCCAUAUCUCCAAUCAGGAUGCGGAAAACGAAUCCUUGCUCAGUGAUGCUAGCGACCAGGUGGCAGACAUUAAAAGCCUUAGCUCCAGGGAGGCAUCAGACUCCAAAAGCAAUAUCCAUCCCAAACAUCCAACGGAAGCACACAGCUGCAUGGAUAAAAUGACAGCUGUCUAUGCUAACAUCCUUUCAGAUUCUUAUUGGUCAGGUUUGGGACUGGGGCUCAAACUUUCCAGUUCCGAUAAGAGGGCAUGUGACAAUAGAAACGGAGCAAGCAAAAGUGACUUUGAUUGGCAUCAGGAUGCCUUGACCAAAAGCUUGCAGCAGAGUUUACCAGUCCGGCCACUGUCCAAGCCAAACCUUUUCAGCUCGGUCCAGCUGUACAGGCAAAGCAGCAAGAUGUGUGGAACUGUAUUCACAGGUGCUAGUAGGUUUCGGUGUAGGCAAUGCAGUGCUGCCUAUGAUACCUUAGUUGAGCUUACGGUCCAUAUGAACGAAAGUGGCCAUUACCAAGAUGACAACCAUAAAAAAGACAAGCACAGAUCUACCAGCUAUUCCAAGCCCCGGAAAAGGGCUUUUCAGGACAUGGAUAAAGAAGAUGCUCAGAAAGUUCUGAAAUGUAUGUUCUGUGGUGACUCUUUUGACUCUCUUCAAGACCUGAGUGUUCAUAUGAUCAAAACAAAACAUUACCAAAAAGUGCCUUUGAAGGAGCCGGUACCUACCAUAUCUUCCAAGAUGGUGACUCCAAAUAAGAAACGUGUGUUCGACAUUAACAGGCCUUGCUCUCCAGAUUCAACCACGGGGUCGUUUGCUGACACUUUCUCUUCUCAUAAGAAUGCCAACCUGCAGGUAUCGUCUAACAAUCGUUAUGGCUACCAGAAUGGUGCCAGCUACACCUGGCAGUUUGAAGCCUGCAAAUCGCAGAUUCUCAAGUGCAUGGAAUGCGGGAGCUCCCAUGAUACUUUGCAGCAACUCACCACCCACAUGAUGGUGACGGGUCACUUCUUGAAAGUCACCAGCUCAGCUUCCAAGAAAGGGAAACAACUUGUCUUGGAUCCCCUGGCUGUGGAAAAAAUGCAGUCGCUUUCUGAUGCAUCAGCCACUGACAGCCAGCAUUCAAAACCCUCCAGUAAUUCAUCAACCGAUUCUACGGCUCCUGCUUCAGACCUAAAAAAGGAAAGUAAACAAAAUAAAUCUGAGGAAGCGAACAAAGAUGAAAAAGGGGUAAAAAAUGAAGACUACGAAGACGCUCUUCAAAAACCACUGGACCCGACAAUGAAAUAUCAGUAUCUCCGGGAGGAAGAUUUAGAAGAUGCUUCAAAAGGUGGUGGAGACAUUUUAAAGUCUUUGGAAAACACUGUCACCACAGCCAUCAAUAAAGCUCAGAACGGAGCACCCAGCUGGAGUGCGUAUCCCAGUAUCCAUGCGGCAUACCAGCUCUCGGAGGGAACAAAACCUUCCUUACCAGUGGGGUCCCAAGUUUUGCAAGUUCGACCAACAGUCAGUAAUAAACUGAGGCCUAUUGCUCCAAAAUGGAAAGUGAUGCCUAUAGUACCCAUGACAGCUAAUAUAGUCCAGUGCAGUCAGUUGAAAAAAGAAGGAGACCCCAAGAAGGAAGCUCAGAAGGACUACAUUAAAGACAGCAACAAGACAGAUGUGGUUCCUCCCUAUCAGAAUGAAGGAGAUUCGCCUCCUCAGGCUGAGAUGUGCGUAGAGUCCAAAAAGUCAGAGCUGAAUCCUUUGAAGGAAGAACCCAAGACAAAGGAAGAGGAGGAUAAAAUAAAAACAAAGGAUUCUGUGACAUCAUCUCUCACCAACGGAUGCCCUCCUGGCAACCACACUUCAGAGCUGCCUGGUUUGAAUCCCCUCAGCGCCCUGCAGUCUGUGCUGAACAACCAUCUGGGCAAAGCAAAUGAGCCUUUACGACCUCAGUCAAACUCCAGCCCCAGUUCAAGCUCAACAUCUUUGUUCCACAAACCAAAUUUAAAUAUAAUAGAGAAGCCUGUUCUGUCUCCUGCAUCAACGCCGGCUAAACCUGCAAACGUUACAUCCCGGCGUUACGUGUUUGAGAACAGUGAUCAGCCAAUUGACCUGACAAAAUCAAAGAAUAAGAAAGGGGAAUCUGUUCAGGCCCAGUCUUGUACUUCCCCACCUCAGAAGCAUGCUCUGUCUGACAUUGCAGACAUGGUCAAAGUCCUUCCCAAAGCAACGACCCCGAAACCUGCGGCUUCAUCCAGAAUCCCAUCCAUGAAACUGGAAAUGGAUGUUCGGCGUUUCGAAGAUGUCUCCACAGAUGUCUCCACUUUGCAUAAAAGGAAAGGAAGGCAGUCCAACUGGAAUCCUCAGCAUCUCCUGAUUCUGCAAGCGCAAUUUGCAUCCAGUCUCUUCCAAACAUCGGAGGGUAAAUAUUUAUUGUCAGAUCUGGGCCCUCAAGAACGUAUGCAGAUUUCCAAGUUUACGGGGUUGUCCAUGACUACCAUCAGCCAUUGGCUGGCAAACGUCAAGUACCAGCUCAGAAAAACUGGGGGGACAAAGUUUUUGAAAAACAUGGAUAAAGGACACCCCAUCUUUUAUUGCAGUGACUGUGCAUCUCAGUUUAGAACACCAUCAACGUACAUCGGCCAUUUAGAAUCCCAUCUAGGUUUCCAAAUGAAAGACAUGAACAAGCUGGCUGUGGAGCAGCAAACCAAGGUAGAGCAAGACAUUUCCAGAAUUUCAGUUCAAAGAUCUCCUGAAACAAUAGCUGGAGAAGAGGACACAGACUCUAAGUUCAAAUGUAAGUUGUGCUCUCGGACAUUUGUGAGCAAACAUGCUGUAAAACUUCAUCUAAGCAAAACGCACAGCAAGUCGCCAGAACAUCAUUCACAGUUUGUAGCAGAAGUGGAUGAAGAAUAAUUCCUAAGGUAUGCAUGCCUUAACUGCAAAAGGGGAAAAAAAGAAAGUGUUUUAAUGUGAUGUUGAUUGAAGGAAGGGCUCUUAAAGCACUUCUGCUUUAUUUAAAGAAAAUAUUACCUUCCAAAAUGCCCAUUUCUUUCCAGACAUUGGCUUCUCUGUCUGUAAUUGUUGCAUGAUGGGACAAUUUUUUGCAUGGACAGCUGCUUCCAUCAGCCUGUUUCCAUGAUGAAAAAAAAAACACAACCCUUUACAAGUUGCCUUUUUCCCAGGCAUGUGCUCUUAAAGGCAAAGAGACCUCUGCCAAGAAAAGAUUUGGCAUUCUUGCUUG